CUGCGGCGGCGCAGGAGGGGGCGGUUUGGCGAGGGCGCGGCCUCUGGGAGGGGGACGUGCGACACGCAUUCCCAGAGCUGCCUGGGACCACUCCGGAGCCUCGCAGCAGCUCGUUGCCCCACUUGGCCACUGGCUCCGCGAUCCCUCCUUGUGCCAGCCUCGUCUUGUCACCUCCCGUCUCACCCUCCUCGCUCCAUCCCCGCCACCUCAUCCACAGCCAUCUGAGCGAGCGCGCCUCUGAGAGCAGGAGGUACUGGUCCUGGCUGCAGGGCGCGCCCUCCAAAGGUCCCCAGCUCGACAUUGGGGUCCCGCGGGCGACAGCAUGGACACCAAGCGCUGCUUCGCCAACCGCUUCGAUGACUACCAGGGCAGCCUGCUGGCGGGCCAGUGCGAGGAAGCAGUGGCGCCCUUGGUCACCUCCACCAUCGAACGCAUCCUUCAGGAGCUGCCCCCGCUGGGUGGCGGCGCUGAGGCUCGGGGAGCGACGGCCGCGGGCAGCAGCUGCCAGGGGGGUCUGUACAGCGGCGUGGCUGGGGUGGCCUACAUGCUCUACCACGUCUCGCAGAGCCCGCUUUUCGCCGCCGCCCGGGAGCGCUACCUGCGCUCCGCCAAGCGCCUCAUCGACGCGUGCUCACGCGCCGAGGAGUGGGGCGAGACGGACGCGGACACCCGCGCCGCCUUUCUGCUCGGGGGCGCGGGCGUGUACGCGGUGGCCACACUAGUCUACCACGCCCUGGGCCGCUCCGACUACGUGCAGCCCCUCAGCAAGUUCCGGGCUCUGUGCGCCGUCUGCGCGCCUGUCUCCUUCCUGGAGUGCGGCUCCGACGAGCUGUUCGUGGGCCGCGCUGGCUACCUGUGCGCUGCGCUCGUGCUCAAGCAGAAGCUUGCCCAGGAGGUAAGACGCAGCCCUGGCCGCCGGAGGGCGCUCGCCCCUUGCCCGCGCCCGCGGGGUCCUGUUUUCCUGGACUCCUGGAAGCUCUCAGCACUACCCCUGCUCCUGCACCCUUGGCUCUUUGUUACUUCUUUGUCUGGGCACUUGAAGUUUGUGGCAUCAUUCCAGAUCCCUCUUUGUUCCAUAGUUUUUAGGGGUUGA